ACACUCAUUAUGUCAUAUUAUCAUUGAUCAUCAAUGACAACAUGAAGCAUAACUUACGGACGAGAGAAGAAAAGAAAAAAACAUUAUUGUCUAGGCCUGUUUUUCAUUCUUGUCUGUGUCAUGUUCGUUUGUGAGCACACGAAGCAGACGAACACACAAUAUUCAAGUAUGUGUUCAUCAUUGAUUUCGUUUCUCUUUGUUCGAUAGAUCAGCAAUAACAUGGAAAAAUUUUUAUCAUAUAUUCGCAAUUUUUAAUAUGUAAAAUAUGAAUUUAUUGUAAUUAUUGCAACUUGUCAACCUGAAGGGUGUCAUUUGUCUGAUUUGAAUGCUAUAUGGGUUGCUCGAAAUCAAUUUAUUUUUCUUGAUAAAAAAAUUAUAUUGUAAGCUUAAAUUUGUUUCUUUUUUUAAAUUUUUUCAUUAAUUUUUUAGGUUGAUACACGUCUUUUAUUAAUUCGUGAAAAUUAUGAUAUUAUUUUAUAUGAUGCUCAACAAAAGUGCUCAUUAACAAAAGUUCGACCAAAAUUAGAUGGUAAAGAUUGUUGGGAAAAAUUAACUUUUAUUUAUUUACAAGAUCAGAUUUCAAUGCUAUUAGGAGAUGUUGAAGAAUGCAUUAAACUUCUUAGACAAUGA